CGCUGGCCCUCUGAAGACGGAAAAGAACAGCAAGUGCAAGACCACGCAUUCCACCCUGGCUUGCAGAUUAAACCAGCUGUCAAGCCAGGGUGAAGGAUCCGUGGCCAGGCAGAGGUCUGUGGAGUGGAGAGGCAAGGCCUCACGAUGGAACUCUGAGAUGUGAGUUCCAACAAAUUGGUUCACAAAGGUGGGGGAUAAACACACUGGCCCACGCUGGGCAAGCAUGGCACCACCUCGCAGGCACUGUCUCCUUCUGAUCAGCGCUCUGGGCGUCUUUGCACUUAACUGCUUCACCAGAGGUCAGAAGAACAGCACGCUCAUCUUCACAAAGGAAAACACCAUUCGGAACUGCAGCUGUUCUGCAGACAUCCGGGAUUGUGACUACAGUUUGGCCAACCUGAUGUGCAGCUGUAAAACUGUCCUGCCCCUUGCGGUGGGGCGAACCAGCUACAAUGGCCAUCUGACCAUCUGGUUCACGGACACAUCUACACUGGGCCGCCUGCUGAACUUCACGCUGGUCCAAGACCUGAAGCUUUCCCUGUGCAGCGCCAACACUCUCCCCACUGAAUACCUGGCUAUCUGUGGUCUGCAGAGGCUGCGCAUCAACAUGGAGGCCAAGCAUCCCUUCCCAGAGCAGAGCCUACUCAUCCAUAGCGCUGGGGACAGUGACUCCAGAGAGAAGCCCAUGUGGUUACACAAAGGCUGGCAGCCAUGUAUGUAUAUCUCAUUCUUAGAUAUGGCUCUUUUCAACAGGGAUUCAUCCUUAAAAUCAUAUAGUAUUGAAAACGUUACCAGCAUUGCCAACAACUUUCCUGACUUUUCUUAUUUUAAAACCUUCCCAAUGCCAAGCCACAAAAGCUAUGUCGUCACAUUUAUUUACUAACAUAAUAACUGCGUCCAGCUGCCUGGAACUUUGGCAAAUGAUGGAUAAUUUGCAGAAGGAAUCUGGAAAUAAGGCCGUGAGAUAGGUAUCCCUACCCACAACUGUGCCCCUCUCUGCAGGCUCCAUUUGCAGCACAGCCACACACACCAAUAACCAGCUCUCUGUUCUGCUCUGUGCCCAGCUGCCAGCGCACUUUUGAAAAACAAAAGAAAAAGAAACCCGAAAAC